AUGUAUCUUUUCUCAAGAAAAUUUAUUGGGAGCAUAUUAUGCGCAAUUUUUAUUACUACUGUAUUUCGAGUAACAGUAUCUCAAAAACGUUAUGUAAUUCCACCAGGUAUGGAUGAGAGUAGAUUCCCUGAACCAUUAUGGGAUGCUGAUGCUCCAAAUUGUGAACCAGAACGUGAACCAUGUGGAUUCUAUACCUUUCCUGUAGGAAGUCGAUCAAAUAUGAAGUGGGUAAAGUCAUGGUGCAAAUGUGGUCAAGGAUAUCUUUGCAGUUACCAUAAAACUGAUACUAAAAUGAGAGUUUACAGACAAGUUUGUCAAUCCCCAAGUGAGGCAUACAGAUUUGAAGAUGGAUUCCGACGAGGAAUUUAA